AUGUGGUGCCUGUGCCGUGUUGUCACGGAUUGGUAUCAGUCCACGGCGCCCGCGAUGGGUUCCCGCCACAGACCGGGGAUCGGCAGCAAUGAACUCAAAGGAGGGAAGAAGUCAAUGCCAUGGAAUAUCGCUCGAUUCGACGAUUCGACGAAGAGCCUGCGCACUGCCCGUCGCGUCAGCCUUGCUUCGUGUGGUGCUUGGGCGGUGCCCGGCAACUUGCCUCCAGAGUAA